AUGGAAUCACUGAAUUCAUCUCGUGGCAGAUCCUCUUCCUCCUAUCGCUCCUUGGCCCAUUAUAGCUCCUCCAGUAGUUUUCGGUCCGAGGGCUCACAGUCCGGAUCGUGUGACUCCCUGGAGGCACUUUUAGAGCCUUUUCUUGAUUCGGGGAACUCACCCUGCCUGUUUUGUCAAGAAGUCCACGGUGGGUCCGCUUGCCAGUCCCCCUUCGGCAGGCACAGCAGAUCCUCUUAUGGCCUCACUGCUCCAGUGAGUGGCGCUGUCCCAAUCUCUCAGACAGGUUCUGAAUGUGUGCAGUGUGUCGGAGAUGGCUACUCCAUGUCCGCUGAUCUCAGCCAGUUUGAGCCGCAUGAUGUUGUGGUGAUGGCGUAUCACCAACAUGUCGUCAUCCAUGCGGAGAAGGUGACAGAAGAUGGACACGUCAGUGACACAUUCACACAGAAAUCCUUGCUCCCCAAGGACAUGAACCCUCUUUCUGUCCGUGGGACCUUUAACCGAGAUGGCAUCCUGGUUGUGAGAGUCAGCCGGCUCGACCUUCUAGUUGGAAAGGAUCCUCCUAUACUUCCUAUGUACUGAAGUGAAGCUCACCUUUAACAAUUUACUCAAAAUUCGGCCUUGAUCUCAGCUUUUGCCAUGUUGAGAGAAUAAUACUUUUUGUAGUACUUAGUCUUUUUUAAUUAUGCUUCUUAUAAGUCAUUGAUGGAUGACUCAAGCUCACGACCAUUACUUGCCACUACUUACAAUAA